UUUAGCCCAGUUUACCCUAAGUAGAACAGGUGCAAGUCUCCACGGAUUUGGGUCUGUGCCUUGAAUAGUAUUUUCAGGUCAAACGCAACAAUGGAUUCAUCACAGAGUGCAGCAACAGCAGGGACUGGUGGUGGAGGUAAUGGGAUGACGACCUCUCAGUCCAGUGCCAUGGUGGCAACAACUGUUGUGGACGAUCCAAAGAAGAACUUGAACCAGGUCACCAACUCUAUCCAGAAAGUUUUGGGCCUCCUUCACCAGCUCUACCUAACUGUAUCUUCCUUCAAUGCUGCCUCUCAGCUUCCUCUUCUUCAAUGCCUCAAUUCUCUUGUUUUGGAGCUUGACAACAUGGUUAAAUUAGCUGAGAAGUGCAACAUUCAGGUUCCUAUGGAGGUUCUUAAUUUGAUUGAUGAUGGGAAAAAUCCAGAUGAAUUCACAAGGGAUGUCAUAAACAGCUGUAUUGCCAAAAAUCAGAUCACCAAAGGCAAAACUGAUGCCUUCAAGGGUUUACACAGACAUCUUUUGGAAGAACUUGAGCAAGCAUUUCCUGAUGAAGUUGAAUCUUACCGAGAAAUACGCGCGGCCUCUGCUGCUGAAUUGAAACACCUUGCACAAGCACAAACCACCUUGCCAAAUGGAGAUGUGAAGAUUAAGUCCGAGCUUUAGGUGCCCAUUUCAGUAUUAUCCCUUGUCAAUGGUUUUCAUCUCGUAGCUUGUCUGUGAUCACAUGGUUGUUGAUAAAAGCCUAAUGGAUACCUUGAUCCAAAGCAGUAGAUCAAGGAUCAUAAAUUUGGGAAUGUGAAACUUCAACUUUCCUCCUUGACUGUAGCAUGCAUACUGUUUUUUUUUUUUUUUCCCCUUUUGGAGUAGUCAUGUACCAUACAUGUUGUUAACUAAUGUAUUGUGAAAAAGGAAAAAAAGUUAUGUAAAGAACAUGUACUUGCAUUUUA